CCAAGCUUAGUGAGAGAGUAUCCAUCCAUCCCAUUCCCUCUCUACAUUUCCAGUAACCCUCCAGUUUUUUCCCGCCUUUGUCUCUCACACUCUUCCCGCCGGAGAUUCCAUGGCUCAGAAGCAUCAAUCCGCCGCCGCCCCAGGUCCCGAGCCUAAGAAGCGUCGCCGCGUCGGAUUCUCUCCCGCCGAUGCUGGCGUGGAGGCUAACGAGUGCAUCAAAAUCUAUCUCGUCUCCAGCAAAGAGGAAGUGGGUUCUCCUGAUGUUUCAUGUGUUACUCCUGUUGAUCUGAACGAUUUUUUUGAUGGAGAUGGGAAGAUAUAUGGCUACCAAGGUUUGAAGAUCAGUGUAUGGAUCAAUAGCAUUUCGUUGCAUUCUUAUGCUGAUAUUACAUUCCAGAGCACAACCAAUGGAGACAAAGGCAUCACGGACCUCAAAUCUGCUUUACAGAACAUAUUUGCUGAGACAAUUGUUGACAGCAAGGAUGAAUUUCUGCAAACGUUUUCGACGGAGAAAGAUUUUAUCAGAAAUAUGGUCUCAAACGGAGAGGUAAUACAUUCCGGAGUGACAGAUGGAAGCAGCAUCAAUGCUCAAGUGGCUCCUUCAGAUCUCCAGGUUUUACGGAUGGAGAUUGUUUCUCCAAAUGCUGGACUCCUCUAUAGCCGAUUGGUGCCCCUUGUUCUUCUUUUUGUCGAUGGCAGCAACCCUAUUGAUGUCACUGACCCUGACUGGCAUUUAUAUCUCUUGAUUCAAAAGAAAGAGGAUAAAGAGGAGCCUUUGUAUCAAAUUGUCGGCUUUACUGCUAUUUAUAAGUUCUAUCGUUACCCCGACAGGUUAAGGAUGCGACUCAGCCAGAUCCUGGUCCUGCCUUCCUUCCAAGGAAAAGGAUUUGGAAGCUAUCUCAUGGAGGUUGUAAACAAAAUGGCCGUAGCAGAAAACGUUUACGAUCUAACAGUGGAAGAGCCAUCCGAAAAGUUCCAACACAUCCGCACUUGCAUAGACAUAAACCGCUUGCGUUCUUUCGAUACAAUCAAACCAGCCAUCGAUUCAGCUGUUGCGACUCUCACAAAAGGCAAGCUAUCGAAGAAAGCUCAGCUACCUCGAUUCACCCCGCCUUCGGAUGCCAUCGAGAAGGUCCGCGAAGCUCUGAAGAUCAACAAGAAACAGCUCCUCAAAUGCUGGGAGAUCUUGAUAUACCUCGCGCUUGAUCCUGUCGACAAAUACAUGGAGGAUUACACGAGUGUCAUCACGAGCCAUGUGAGAACCGACAUUCUUGGAAAAGAUGUAGAGGCUCCAAAGAAACAGGUGGUGGAUGUUCCGACCGAGUUCGAAGCUGAAGCGUCGUUUGUGGUUUUCAAGUCUGUGAAUGGAGAAGAAGGUAAUAGCAACAAUGUUCAAGUGGAUGAAAACAAGCCGGAUCAAGAGCAGCAGUUGAAGCAAUUGGUUGAGGAGAGGAUUCGUGAGAUCAAGUUGGUUGCUGAGAAAGUCUCUAGGACUUGCCCGAAGGUGAGCAUCUGAUUCGAAUCAAAACACUUUUGUGAGCUUUUUGUUGAGUGAUCAAACUAUGUGGUCUUUGAUAAAGGACAAAUCUGUUUGAAUUCGCUUUGUAUCGGUUUGUUACGGAGGUUUGAGUACACAAAUGUAGUUCCGGUUAAGCGGUUUCGUACGGUUAUGAAAUUAUUAGCACAAUUUACAUUGAAA